GAGGUGAGGUCGUCAAUGAAAAAGUGGGAGGUGCGAAGGGCCAUAACUCAGUAUUACAUCGAGAAGAAUGUGUUUGCAGCUGAGGUUUUGGAAAAUAUCCCUGAAAAGGUACCAGCUAGUGGGACGGCUCAGUUAGAGUUGGAGAAAUUAAGGUUGGAACAUGAAAUUAAGUUAAAGCAGAUGAGAAAGAGCCGAGAAAGAGAGAGAGAGAGAGAAAGAGCCGAGAAAGUGAGAGAGAGAGAGAGAGAAAGGGCCGACAAACAAAGGGAGCAUGCGCGCCAGCUAAAGGAGUUAGAGGUGAAACGGGAUCAGGAGCUCCAACUAAGGGCGUUAGAGGUGAAAAGGGGGCAGGAAAGAGCUGAGAAGCAAAGAGAGCAUGAACUUCAGUUAAAAAAGCUGGAAGCAGCUGAGAGGGAGAGGGAGGCAGAGAGACAGAGGAAACAUGACUUGGAGAUGGAGAAGUUAAAGCAAGAGCAAAGCGGUCAGGGGUCAGACCGAGAGGAGCGGUUUGAUGUUAGUCGGGCGUUGAGGGUGUGUAAGCCCUCAGCAUUUUACAAGCUGCCCCCGGGUCCAACCCCUCUGCCUUUGAUCGGAAACCUACACACGCUGGAUCUGAAGAUGCUGUACCAAAGUCUUACAGAGUUAUCGGAGCAGUAUGGACCUGUGUUUACCAUUCAGCUGGGAGUGGAAAAAGCUGUGGUCCUCACAGGCUACAAAGCAGUGACAGAGGCUCUUGUGGAUCAGGCGGAUGAGUUUGCAGAGAGAGCAGAGAUCCCCGUGUUGGAAAUGCAGGCAAAUGGUUACGGGAUUUCUUUUGGACACGGAGAAUCAUGGAGACAAAUGCGAAGAUUCACUUUAACGACGUUACGCAAUUUUGGAAUGGGCAAGAGGACAAUUGAGGACAAGAUAACUGAGGAGGCCAAGUACCUGGUGCGAGAGGUGGAAGCUCACCAAGGUUGGAGUCUUACUUCAGUUCACUCUUCUACUCUGGCUGGCCAACCAUUCAGUACAACUGUGCCUGUUACCUCUGCCAUGGCCAAUAUUAUCUGCUCUAUAGUUUUUGGAGAACGAUUUGACUACAACGAUGAAAUAUUUCUCACCAUAACAAAACUGAUACGUGAAAAUUUUAAUCUGCUUGGAUCUUCCAGAGUGCAGAUGUACAACGCAUUUCCUUUCCUCGGCUUUCUACCUGGAACUCACAAGAAAAUCUUUCAAAAUCGAACACAAAUGGUUCAGCUUAUCCAGAAUUUUUACAGAGAGCAUCAGAAAACUCUGAAUGAGAACAAUAUAAGGAGCUUGAUUGAUGCUUUCUUGGUAAAACGAGAAGAGGAAUUAAAUAACGCUGAUUCCUAUUUCCAUGACAACAACUUGGUAACUUCAGUAACCAACCUGUUUGCAGCCGGAACGGAUACCUCCUCUUCCACACUGCGUUGGGCUAUUCUACUGAUGAUGAAGUAUCCACAAAUUCAAAGAAACGUGCAAGAGGAAAUUAAUAGAGUUAUUGGAACAGAGCGAGCACCCCAAAUGAUGGAUCGGAAGGCAAUGCCAUAUACUGAUGCAGUAUUGCAUGAGAUCCAGAGAUUUGCCAACAUCAUCCCAAUGAAUAUGCCACAUGCAACAACCAAGGAUACUCACUUCAGAGAAUAUUUCAUUCCAAAGGGAAUGCAGAUAAUUCCCCUGCUAUCUUCUGUCCUCCGUGACAAAACUCAAUGGGAAACACCAGACGACUUCAACCCUUCCCACUUUCUAGAUGCCGAGGGGAGGUUUGUGAAGAGAGAUGCCUUCAUACCUUUCUCUGCAGGUCGGCGGAUAUGCAUUGGGGAAAGCUUGGCCAAGAUGGAGCUGUUUCUGUUUUUCACGACCUUGAUGCAGAGAUUUUCGUUCCACGCUGUGCCUGGAACCAGCUUGGAUCUCACGCCAUCUGUUGGUUUUACCUUAUGUCCAAAGCCUCACUUAGUGUGUGCUGCACUCCGUUAUCGGAUCAGAUACAAUUAUGGCCACUCAGAAGAUCCAAAAGAAAUCCGGACCCGAGCAAUGGGAAACUCAAGAAAACCAAUGGAUUCUCGGAGAAACCUGCCUGGGGUAGAGCUGGGGUUCAGGAAGGGAGUUCGGGUUCGGGCAGAGCGCAGCGGGCUCCCGGAGUUCGGGUUCGGGCAGAGCGCAGCGGGCUCCCGGAGUUCGGGUUCGGGCAGAGCGCAGCGGGCUCCCGGAGUUCGGGUUCGGGCAGAGCGCAGCGGGCUCCCGGAGUUCGGGUUCGGGCAGAGCGCAGCGGGCUCCCGGAGUUCGGGUUCGGGCAGAGCGCAGCGGGCUCCCGGAGUUCGGGUUCGGGCAGAGCGCAGCGGGCUCCCGGAGUUCGGGUUCGGGCAGAGCGCAGCGGGCUCCCGGAGUUCGGGUUCCGGCAGAGCGCAGCGGGCUCCCGGAGUUCGGGUUCCGGCAGAGCGCAGCGGGCUCCCGGAGUUCGGGUUCGGGCAGAGCGCAGCGGGCUCCCGGAGUUCGGGUUCCGGCAGAGCGCAGCGGGCUCCCGGAGUUCGGGUUCCGGCAGAGCGCAGCGGGCUCCCGGAGUUCGGGUUCGGGCAGAGCGCAGCGGGCUCCCGGAGUUCGGGUUCCGGCAGAGCGCAGCGGGCUCCCGGAGUUCGGGUUCCGGCAGAGCGCAGCGGGCUCCCGGAGUUCGGGUUCCGGCAGAGCGCAGCGGGCUCCCGGAGUUCGGGUUCCGGCAGAGCGCAGCGGGCUCCCGGAGUUCGGGUUCCGGCAGAGCGCAGCGGGCUCCCGGAGUUCGGGUUCCGGCAGAGCGCAGCGGGCUCCCGGAGUUCGGGUUCCGGCAGAGCGCAGCGGGCUCCCGGAGUUCGGGUUCCGGCAGAGCGCAGCGGGCUCCCGGAGUUCGGGUUCCGGCAGAGCGCAGCGGGCUCCCGGAGUUCGGGUUCCGGCAGAGCGCAGCGGGCUCCCGGAGUUCGGGUUCCGGCAGAGCGCAGCGGGCUCCCGGAGUUCGGGUUCCGGCAGAGCGCAGCGGGCUCCCGGAGUUCGGCGCCUCUCGAGCCUGCCUCCGUCCUACACUUGGGUUCGUCCCCUGUCACUCCCUUGCAACAGAACGAACUGGCCAAGAAUGAACCCAGCGUACACAGACCCCGUGCAACAUGCCCCCGCCAGCCAGGGCUACCUACUGGCUUACACGAUCAACUGCUCCGAGAAGUCAUGGAAAGCCUUCGAUCCCUGUCCGAGAACGUAAAGAAGGUCAGUGAGCAGGCUGACCGGGUGCUCGCGGCUACCGUGAACUAUCACCAACGGUCCCUGUCCCUAUUCGUCUUGAUGGAUUCCGGUGCCGAGGGAAAUUUAUUGGACGAGGUCAUAGCCUCCCGGGCCGGAACUCCUAUGGAGACCCGGGCGCUGGACGGCAAACCUCUGGCUCCGGUCACCCACUAUGACAUCUCGAUAUUCUCCAGCAGCCUCCAGAACCACAUUCAUCACGUCCGCCAAGUCCUCCAGAGACUGUGGGAGAACAAGUUAUUUGUGAAGGCGGUGAAGUGCAUCCCCUCGGUCAGCUUCCUGGGCUACAUCAUCGAGAGCGGGCAAGAGAGGGCAGAUCCCGAGAAGAUCCAGGUGGUGGAAGAAUGGCCCAGACCCAACGACCCGCAAGUGUGGAGGGCCUUCUGUCAAGUCCUGGGUGCCUCCAUUAGCAUAUCAACCGGCUUCCACCGACAGACGAACGGGCAAACGGAACGGGUCAAUCAGGAUUUGGAGGUGGCGCUACGUUGCAUACCAACCGACAACCCUUCUACCUGGAGUGACCACCUCGUGUGGGUAGAAAAGUUAGAACCCCCGCCGGGCAGCGACAGUCCGGCCGGACCCGCUCAACGGAGGCAACGAAUAGGAAGGGGCAGAACACCCGCUGGGCAGCGGCAGUCCGGCCGGAUCCGCCCGGCGGAGGCAACGGUAGGAAGCUGGGUCCAGGGUGAGCAGCAGAACUACAGUGAUCCACCGGGUACAUUGGUAAAGUCAACUGAAAGCGCGGGCAAGAUGAAUAAGACGGGACGGCGGGGUCUGCGCACCCGAGAGGAGCAGGAACAGCAUGACGAACCGGGUAAAACAGGAUCGCUGGAAAAGGCUGUCAGUCCAAGGGAGCCGGAGAUGUCGUUCGACGGUGUUUACUCACUGGACGCUGUGACUUUGGUGCUUCUCUGCGUUGUCACCGCGUUGUUUCUCGUUUAUUUUCGCAAUGGGUCUAAAUCUCACGUAGAGCUCAACUUCCCUCCGGGACCCACUCCUCUUCCGAUCAUCGGGAACCUGCACCUCCUGGAUCUGAAGAAGCCCGACCAAAGUCUCAUGGAGCUGUCUGAGAAAUAUGGUCCAAUCUUCAGCAUCAAGCUUGGGACAAAGAGAGUGGUGGUCCUGACUGGCUACGAGACAGUGAAGGAAGCUCUUAUCAACCAUCCAGAUCAGUUUGCAGGAAGACCUCACAUCCCGAUAAUUCAUGAUGUAACGCAGUGCGUUGGGAUUUUUUUUGGAAACGGCGAAUCGUGGAGGCAAAUGCGGAGGUUCACCAUGUCCACCCUACGGGACUUUGGGAUGGGCAAGAAAACUAUUGAAGAUAAAAUCACUGAGGAAGCCGAUUUCUUGAUAAAACUGUUUGAAUCCCAUAAGGGCCAAGAAUUUAAUCCAGCCAUUCAGAUAAAUGCUGCUGUGGGCAAUAUCAUCUGUUCCAUAGUUUUUGGUGAUAGAUUUGAUUAUGAUGACCAAGCAUUCAUCAUUUUGAUUAAGACAGUGAAUGAAAAUGUUCAGCUUGCUGGUUCUCCAAUGGUUCAGCUUUAUAAUGCUUUUCCCAUUCUGGGAUUUCUACCCGGUUCACACAAGAAAAUGUGUAAAAAUCAAACAUUGCUUUGGCAGUUUAUCAAAGACUUCAUAACCAAGAACUACCAGACACUGAAUGCAAAUGAUCCAAGGAGCUUUAUUGAUGCAUUCAUGUUAAAGCAGCAACAGGAAUCAGGUAACCCAAAUACAUAUUUCCAUGAAAACAACCUGAUAGGCACAGUAGCUGACCUGUUUGGUGCUGGGACGGAGACAACUUCGACCACCCUUCGUUGGGCUAUGCUACUGAUGAUGAAAUAUCCACAAAUUCAGGAAAAAGUCCACGAUGAAAUCACCACCGUCAUUGGUUCUGAGCGGUUCCCCAGAAGUGAAGAUCGGAAAAAAUUGCCGUACACUGAUGCAGUGAUCCACGAAAUCCAGAGGUUUGCUAACAUUGUGCCAUUGAACAUCAUGCACUCAACAACAGAGGACGUGAACUUCAAAGGAUAUUUCCUUCCAAAGGGCACACCAGUGGUCCCUUUGCUAACAUCGGUGUUGUACGACAAAACUCAAUGGGAAAGCCCAAAUGACUUCAACCCUUCCAACUUUCUGGAUGCUGAUGGGAAGUUUGUGAAGAGAGAUGCAUUUGCUCCUUUUUCUAUGGGACGCAGGGCCUGUGCGGGGGAGACCCUGGCCAGAAUGGAGCUUUUCCUGUUCUUUACCAUCCUGAUACAAAGGUUCAGGUUUCAAGUCCCACCGAACGUUACCAAUCUGGAGCUUACAUCUGGAGUGGGCUCCAUCUCAUGCCCAAAAUACCAAAAUGUGUGUGCAGUCCGUCGCUGAUGCAAACACAUCAUUUCACGACUUGUCUUGUUUAUCUCCUUUUCAUUAUUUUUGUAAUCCUCUUAUCAGAGCUCGUAUACAAACUUAGCUCGUUAGCAAACUCUGCUAAUAGCCAGGUGACUCAGUGAUGGGAAGGCCACCAUUCAGAAGCAACACACGUUUUAGGAUUCAUAUGAUUUGGGGUACAACCAAACAGGAUAGUUUGGAUGUUCAUAAUCAAGGGGCAUAGGUUGUCGUUGUUACGUACCCCGUAACUGGGUGUCUUACCAGCAGAGAAAGAAGAAUCCAUUGGAGUCUGGUGGUACCAAACUAAAGGUGUUUAUUAAUAAAAAUAAGCAAAAACCAUAUCAAUAAUGCAAAUAUACAUAUAAAACAAGUUAGCAGUAAUAAACCUAAAAGUGUAGGAAUAAUAAUAAGCAAUAAUAAACAAGCUCUAUUGAUGCCUGGGGUAAAUAAAUUGUCAUAGAAAAGUAUAAAGUUCAGUUCAGUUCAUAAGUGCUGAUGUAGUUAUGGUUGUUGUAAUCGUUGGUGAGAGAGAGAGUGCGAGCGAGAUGUAACAGCUACAGUCAGGCAAACCUUCCUUUGCUUUCUUAAUCCGUCGUAUCUUUGUGGUCAUUCAGUUAUGACCUCUCCAUCCUCAGCCAGACCGUUCUUCUGUGGUGGACUCGUCACUCUGGCAUGAGUGGACACACACACACACACACACAAGUCCCCAGCGGCCCUGCUUUAACACUGUGAGCUUUACUGACCGAUUUCCUGGUUUGGUCUCCAAAGCCCCCACCUUUCUUGUGGGUUCCAACACUCAAUCAGUGUCCACUGGAGGGUGUCUCUCCAGAUCUGUCUUUUAUCCCUACUCACAGGGACUCAGCUAUCCAUCACUCCUGAAUGACUGUGUCCAUCAAAUAAGGCCACUCCUUCAGUCCACUGAGGAAUGUUUAUGAGCAAACUAUUGUCCUUGCAGCGAAACAGUAAAUAAUUCAAAAAGGAGUCACAAUACGGUUAAUCAGCGAUUUCCCCCUCACUCUUAUCUGUCGCAGAUGUUCUUGCCUGUUUUUCGUCUCUUUUUCAUGACCAGCAUAGCAACAGCAAUAGUUCGUGUUUCUCAGGGGGGGGGGAACGCUAUCCUGUACCCCAUUGUCCAUCAGGUCUGUUCAUCACUCAUAACACUCCCAUCCUUCUGAGAAUUUUCACCAGGGGGGAAAAUUAACUAAUAAAGCACAUGACUGAAUUACAGAGUUUAACAAAAUACAGAAGUUGUCUUAACUACAAGAGUAAUACAGAUACACGUUCAAAUUAACAUCUAGAUAAACAAUCAACAAUUACAUUGUCACUCCCCUUUUCAUGUUGCAUUUUAGUAUCAAAUUUCUGUAACAACAGACUCCAACUUAGUAACCACCUACUUUUUAUUUUUCAUGUUAGCAAAAAAAAAACUAAAGGGUUGUGAUCUUAGCUUAGGUGUCUAUUACAAAGUGUGAACCAAUACAUGUGUGAUUAUACUGUGGUACAUUCUAAAAGUUUGUGCAAAUACUAAUCUCUAUUUUACAUUUAAACUUAACAUUCAAUCUUC